AUGUCAUCUUCCUCUUCCUCCUCUUCCUCAUCAUAUGCCAGUUCGUCAACAUGGACUUCUUUUUUGAAAUCUAUUGCCAGUUUUAACGGUGAUCUAUCCUCAUUGACUGCUCCACCAUUCAUUUUGUCACCAACUUCCUUAACUGAAUUCUCCAUGUAUUGGGCAGAGCAUCCAGAUUUAUUUUUAGCUCCAUCUAUACAAAAAAAUUCAUUUGAACCAACCCUUCCUUCAAGUGAAACUACAGAAUAUCCUCCACAAUUAAUUCGUUUCUUGCAUGUUGUAAGAUGGUUUCUUUCUACUUUGAAAUCACAAUAUUGUUCAAGAAACGAAAGUAUGGGCAGUGAAAAAAAACCACUAAACCCAUUUUUAGGUGAACUUUUUGUUGGUAAAUGGGAGCAUGAAGAUAAAGAUGACCAAUAUGGCACCACUGUUUGUUUAAGUGAGCAAGUUUCUCAUCAUCCUCCAAUAACUGCCUAUUCUAUCUUUAAUGAUAAAAAUAACGUUUUAUUGGAAGGUUAUAAUGGUAUUAGUUCUACUUUCUCCACGGCUAGCCUAAGUGUUAAACAAUAUGGCCAUGCCAUAUUAAAAUUGGCUAAUGAAGGUGAAGAUUUUAUUUUUACUUUACCUCCAUUGCAUAUUGAGGGGUUAUUGUUAGCUUCUCCCUUUGUAGAAUUAGAUAGUAAAUCUUAUAUUUACUCUUCCACUGGGUAUCACUGUGUUAUCGAAUAUAGCGGGAGAGGCUAUUUCAGUGGUAAAAAACAUUCUUUUAAAGCCAAGAUAUAUAAAACAACUAAUGAUGAAAGUAUAGAUAGUGGUAAAACAACGGAGAAUAGUAGUGCAUCAACUGAGCAUCCUUUAUUUGUUAUUAGUGGUCAAUGGAGUGGCAAAUCUACAAUUUAUACUGGAGCUGAUGAAAAAAAGAAGAAAAAUGGUAAGAUUUUUUAUGAUGCUAGCGAAUCGAAAGCCGAAUCGUUAAAGGUCAAACCUGUUGAAGAGCAACAUCCAUUAGAGAGUAGAAAAGCUUGGGCUAAAGUUGCCGAAGCUAUUAAGUUGGGUGAUUAUAAAAUGAUUGCCCAAGAGAAAUCGAUUUUGGAGGAAGCUCAAAGGGAUUUGAGAAAAGAAGAAGAAGCCAAGGGUAUCAAUUGGGAGCGUAGAUGGUUUGAAGCAGUUGAUCUUAACGAUGCUUCUUCAUCUGGUGCCGACGAUCCUUUUGUUAGUUUAGCUAAGAGAGGUAAUUUGUCCCUUAAGAAUGUUCCAAGUGGUUCCAUAGUUGGUGAUAAGGAAGAUAAGAAAAGGCCUGAUGAUGAGAAAUUUUUACAUUGGAGAUUUUCAAGAAAAGCAUGGAAUGAGGAGAAGGAAAUCAAGCUAUGA